AUGGCACUAAGUUUACGCCGAAGAUUAGGCAAGCGUCUUCAUCUCUUCAAACCCAUCACGAUUUGCAGGCAGCAGUCCUUGAGGGGGCAUAGAACCCACUGGAUAGCUCCCCACAGUAAUGUUGACCCCUUGGACGGGUGGUGGCUGCGCAAAUGGAUGCCCGGGGAACAAUUUUGGCAAGCCCGCAAAUGGUUCAUCGAGCUCAUGUGCCCUGAUGUAUUGAUUUCGACUCCUCGCAGACAUGAGUUGAAUCAAUGUUUCCAUCCUCUGAUUGGCCAAAUUCUGGCUCUCCUGGAUAGUCUGAAGCAUCUGUACCAAACCCGGGUGGAGUGGAGCCAUUGCAUUUGCUCUGGUGAGGACCUGAUGGUACCUCAGUUCCCUCUCUGCAGCAUCAAAGUCAUCCAUAUGUGGAACCUUAUUUAUCAAGGUUCUCCUCCUCCUAUCUUCGGCCGCGAUUUGGCCGUGAUUUGGGAUAACUCCAUCGGGCAGAGGCUCCACGUCUAUCGCCGUUAUGGUAAAUCCUGCAUUUUGCACUCCCAGAUUCAAGAGAUGGUGAAGUGUUAUUCUGAGCCCCCGAUUGCAGUGAAGGAGAGACUUUGGACUGGGCCUGAUUUAAUCAAUAAAUGGGUCAAGAUUGGGGAGUUGCCCAAGUUUUCAAUUGAUUUUGCGGCUGAAUUUAGGUGCUCCGAAUUAUAUGGUGCUGAACUUUAG